AUGAUACAGAUCAAGGCAAAGUUUGAUACUGAUGAAGGUCUGAACUUCAUUCAACAGUAUUACAUCAAUCAAGGACUGAAGAAGUUUGGUGAUGAUGGAAAAGAUGCUGUGGAUAAGGAAUUGAGACAAAUGCUCCUGAGAGAUUGUUUUACUCCUAAAUUUGUGAAAGACAUGACCGCGUCUGAGCGAAAGAAGGCCCAAUCAGCGAUGAUGUUACUCGCGGAAAAGCAAUUCGAAAAGACAAUUAAAGGUCGCCUAGUAUUCCAAGGCGAUGGAACUCGUGAAUGGUUAUCGCGAGAGGACACUGCAAGUCCAACUGCUUCACAAGAAGCAAUCACCACUACUUGUGUUAUUGAUGCACACAAAGGUAGAGAUAUAAUGACGCUGGACGUGCCUAUGUUUUGA